AUACAACCCAUCCCCAUUCCCAAAUCAAAACGCGCAAAAGAGCUAACGCAAAAUGCCAACCCCAAACCCCAUCCCCCUCCCAACACUGGAAGCCUUCACGAAAAGGACGCUGCACCUCACGCAAGCAACGCUAACGCGCCACCCCAAAAUCGAAGGCGACGAUCAUAUGAUCUUCACCAUCAGCGAAUCACCAGGCCAUCUGUUACGCGUGACAAAACCCCGCGAAGACCGGCCCUUAUCACUGGGGACGGAAAUGCAAAGGUUCGACAUCGCGGUGCGACGGCUCAUCGCCGCGGAAUACGCGGUUCGUGGGCUGUCUGGGGAUAUCAUACCAAAGUCUGUUGGGCAUGAGGUUCUCACUGGAGAUGGGGUUCAUGCUGUUUCCAUGGAGACGAAGUUGGAGGGCGUUGGGUUGCAUCGGGGUGGUUUGACUGGUCUGACUGAGAGGACGGUUGAGGGGUUAGUGGAGAUGAUGAGGGUUAUGAAGGGGGUUGAUCUCGAGGGGCUGGGGGGGAGGCUGAAGGAUUUGGGGGUGGUUGGGUUUGAGGUUCCUUUUAUUCCGUGGCCGGAGAUUCGGGGGAUGAGGGAGAGGGCGGUUGUUGCGUGGAGGAGGUUGGUUAGUAGGGGGCAGAUUCUGGGGGAUGACUAUGGGGUUAAGGAUGGGGAUGAUUUCGAGGCAUUGGGUGAGAGGAAGACGGCAUUUAUAGGACGCGUGAUGGAUAUGGAUGAUGAGACAUCACGGCGGGUGCUCAUUCAUAAUGAUAUUAAAGGAGAGCAUAUCCUGGUGGGCUCUGAUGGUCGGAUUACUGGCAUACUGGACUGGGCGGAUGCGGGCGUUGGAUAUCCGGCGACUGAUAUCGCGGGCUUGGUGUUGACUGUUGGGCCGCGGUUGGCUAUCAGAAUUGCGCGGGAGGUUGGGUAUGCAGAGGAUGAGAUUCUUCAGGGACUGAUACAGGCUCGGUGUGAGUGUGUUUUGCGGUUGGAUGAUCGAUUGAAUGGGGAUGAUGAGUUGACGCCGAUUGAUCUGUUGAAGGGUCAGCUUGUUUUGUCGAUGGAAGAUUGUGAACUUGUUGAUUGUGUAUGAGUGUUAGAGGAAGGGUGUACAUAGAAUUGCGAUAGUAUAGAGCUUAUUAAUGUGAGAGUUUGAUAUAGAUAGUAA